AGAGAACACUAUUUACAUCAAGAACAACUUUUCUUGUAAAAACUCCGUAAAACAGUCAGGAUUUCAUUUGAUGAAUUGAUCUACGUCUUACCUCACCCCUCCCCCGUCAGGAACAUUCUAGACUAUGAUGUGUCUAAUCGCCUGGAGUGUGAAUUUAGUCCCCGUGUGGAUUAAGGAAUAUUUACAUGACAAUAUUUUUCCGAUGUCGAUAAUCAGGGGUUAAUUUGGCUUCCUGGUGUGAGACUCCGUUGUUAUUCUAGACGGGCUCCUUCAGAACUUUUAAAGAUGGCAUUAACGGUGGAUCAAUUCUUGGGCCAUGUGGGAGCGAUGGGCCGGUUCCAGUGGAUGAUUGUGUGUGUGGUGGGGCUCAUGAUGGUCCCAGUGACAUUCCAGACGCUAAUCAUGACCUUCCUGGCUCUAGAGCCUGCCUGGAAAUGCAGAAACGGAAGUACUAUCUGCAACUUAACAAAGGAAUUUCAGCCAACCGACAAAGACCCGGAUAAGAUGCUUCGAUGCAGUAUCCCGCGUAGUGAAUGGGAGUUCACUACCCCAUACACUUCGAUUGUGACGGAGUGGGACUUGGUGUGUGAGUACUCAUCGCUAAGCUGGGCCACUAAUUCUAUCAUGUUCACCGGCUGGUUAUUCGGUAAUAUCGUGUUCGGUAUUCUAUCCGAUAAGUAUGGUCGCCGCAAAGUCCUCUUCAUAUCCUCGUGCAUGGUUUGCUGGGUCGCGUUUGCGAGCUCCUUCGUCCCCUACUACUGGCUCUACGCCGUGUUUCGCUUUUUUAUUGGCUUUGGCCUCGGUGGGUCUAUCGUGAUCCUCUUCAUUAUGGCUACCGAGUUUGUGGGUCCACAGAAGCGUGCUAUGGCGGGUACUUUCACGUGGUACUUCUGGACUGGAGCCUUGAUGUUGAUUGCGCUACUUGCGUACUUCAUUAGGGACUGGCGCAUUCUCUCCAUCACCACCUCCGCGCCAGGAAUCCUUCUAUUUCUAUUUUGGUGGCUGAUACCCGAGUCGGUGCGCUGGUUGCUGACGCAUGAGCGCUCGAAAGAGGCGGAGAUGAUCCUCCGCAAGGUUGGCAAGUUCAACAAGCAUGAGGCAUCACCGGACACACACCUUGGACUUCCUCCCGGACAGGAUCACCAGGGACGUCAAGCUAACUUCUUUGACUUGUUCCGGACAAGGUCAAUGACCAAGAAGACGGUCAUUUCAUGGAUUUCGUGGUUUGUCAACGCGCAAGUGUAUUUCGGCGUAUCAUUGGGUUCUGUUCUCCUUGGCGGUAAUAUGUACCUGAAUUUCUUCCUGACGUCCCUUAUCGAGCUCCCUGGGAACGCAUUCGCCAUAUGGUCCAUGAACAAGUAUGGUCGUAAGAAGGUUGUAGUAAUUGGUCUGGUUAUUGGCGCCAUAUCAAACAUGCUUGUCGUGCUUGUACCAACCGACCCUGAUAACAAGGGCUUUACUGCCGCUCGUAUCAUCUUCGCAAUGUUGGGCAAGUUCGCCGUCAUGUGCUCAUUCGACGCCAUUUUCGUGUUUUCAUCAGAGCUGUUUCCGACCGUUGUGAGAAAUAUUGGCAUGGGAACAUCGUCGGCAUCUGGACGAUUGGGUGCUAUUACGUCUCCUUUCGUCAUCUGGCUGGGUCGUUUUCACCCUGCUGUGCCGUACGCUAUCAUGGCAGUCGACGCGUUCAUUGCGGGUAUCCUGUGUAUGCUCCUACCGGAAACGAACAACGCCCCUACCGCCGAGACACUGAAUGAAGGCGAUAACGAAGACGCAUUGAUGGCGGCCGAUAUCAACUCUGAUCCGGAGAUUCCGGACGACAAGAUACCAGACAACAAGAAAGGCCUACUUGGCGAAGAAAAAAUGACUGUUGUUUGAUGACGUCACCAUUACGACACCUUUUUAUGUUGAGCAUUUAUAGAGGAUCUGUCGUUUUUUUAAAUAUGAUAUUAGAUUUUUUUUCACAAUUUCGGUCGCUAGAUCAGCUGUUGACAGACUGACUGACUGUGUACGUCAGGACUAUUUCCCUGUGGUUUUAGGGGUUUCCAUCGCGCCGCCGAAAGAAUCAAAGACUCGCGAAUGACAACGGGGGAAUAACGGGACGACUAUUUUUUGAAGCCUAGAUGCUUAUUGCUAGGCUGAAUCUUCCCAUAUACAAUCUAAAAAUUCCCAUUUUGAUUAUAAAGAGUUAAAAAAAUAGAUAUAUAGUAAUGAUAGACAGUGCCAUACCCUGGUACUUCAGAUUCCCAAUCGGUCCCAGUGAAUUUUGCAAGUAUUCUUUAUACUUUUUAUUGGAAAAUUACCAUUGUGUAGUAGUACCAUCAUAAAUUUCUAAUAAUCGGACUGCGCGUACAAAUAUACAAAUUUCAAUGACUA